ACGGCACAUUUUACGACUGCAACGAAAAGGAUUUGAAGGGAUGCAUGUUUGCUUUCUCUACGUGAAGUCGGAUACAAAUUGUCUAAAGGAGCACAAUUAGUAAAUGAGAAAUUGCAAUCGAACAUCGGCAUCCUCACGCGGUUGAGGCCAAGUUGAUUAGGAACUGAGGAUAGCACAAGCAGCAUUUUUUCUGUGUAAUUCGCAGCAAGAAUUCAGAUUUGACACGGACAGCAUACGGUUAGACUACGCAUUAUGCGUAGGAAUCGAUCGCAAAACAUUUCCUGGAUCCUAUUUCGGCGUUGAGAAGGUAAAUACUGUCAGUGACUACAGAUGAUCACAGGUCCCCCCCUCCCCAACAGCACAGAGGCUAUCAGGCAAAUGGUAGCCGCUGUGAGUCGGGCGAAGAGCGAGAGACCAAACCCGGAGGAUUUCGGACAGAUGGAAUAGAAAGAAUGCUGCUCUCUCAAAAUGCAUCACAGUAGACGGAUAAGCUGACCAAACAAAUAUACAGCAAACUUUCAGCGCUGAUUAUGACGCUGGAGUUUAAAUAAUAUGUUUUAAACUGUCCGAGAACUGACAAAAUGCAUGUGCAAACUGAUCAGCUGGAUUGUUGAAAUGACUUGGUCGGCGCUGACGCUGUCUGAUGGCUCAAACUGCAUAAUAGCCAAAUGGCAUUUUAUUUUGCGUCGACUUGACGUUUGGAUCUCCAAUAUUGGAUCAGUUGUCUAGCUAAAAGUUCGGAUGAAAGUAAACAACUGGUGCAAUGUUAAACUACAUGGUCCGGAGCGUAAUGUACUGUUCGUGCUGAAGCGUAUGGGUCCUGCGUACUCAAGCUCCCGACUCCCACACAAAAAGGAUUGUCUCUGUUGCGGGGGGUGCAGUGCAGUAGCUGUCACAGCACCACAUCUGGCUACUGACUGGAUAGUUAACUAGCUAGCUAGCUAACUGUUUUUCCUCUUGUGAAGCUAGUGAGGUUGAAUGAGUUUCUGCAUCAUUCGAGAGAAAGAUUGCUUUGUGAAAUCACCUCGGUGGUUAUCGUGUUCCGAAGAAGGGACCUGUAUUUUGGACAAUAUCUGAGAUCAAUCGAACAGUUUGAAGUGAUUCACGGCUGUCUUCUUAGCGAAAACACAUAAGGACUUUGCGUAAGUCACGUAUUUUUAAAGGCAAAGAUAGGGUGACAUUGCAGUCUCAUCAUAUUGGAUAUAACGUCGCCCGACAAAAAAAAGUGAAAGUGGGGCAUUGUCCGUCACACGUAUUAACGCAGUGGGAUUUGUACGUCUGGUCGGCGUUCCCCCCCCACCCUUCCCUUGGUGACGGUGAUGGGUCGGAAGCGGUGUGUCGGUGCAGAUUGUUCCAAGAUGGCGGCCGGGUGCUGCGGGGUGAAGAAGCAGAAGCUGUCGGGAUCCCCCGGGUCGGGGGGUCCUGGCGGGGUGGGGGCGGGAAACGGAGUGGCAGGGACCGGACAUUGUGGAUCGGACUUGGGGAUUGGUUCCUCCUCGACUGUGGCGGCAGGGAACAUGAAUCGAGUGAACGGCCUGGGGUGUCCUGGGGGUAGUAGUAGUAGCACCAACGCGUUGUCCCCAACCCCGGGAGGCUACAACUCAACUGGCCUCUCCCCGAAUCUAAGCCCGGGAUCUGGUUCGGGAAGUGGAGGCAGGAAGAUGGUUGUUUCGGCGGAGAUGUGCUGCUUCUGUUUCGACGUGCUUUAUUGCCAUCUGUAUGGAUACCAACCUCCCCGAACACCUAGGUUUACAAACGAUUCCUACCCACUGUUUGUCACAUGGAAAAUAGGAAGAGACAAGCGGUUGAGGGGAUGUAUAGGUACAUUUUCUGCCAUGAACCUCCACCCAGGACUCAGGGAGUACACCCUUACCAGUGCCCUUAAAGACAGCCGCUUUCCCCCCGUGACGAGGGACGAGCUGCCACGCCUCUUCUGCUCGGUGUCUCUGCUCACCAACUUCGAGGACGUCGGUGAUUACCUUGACUGGGAGGUGGGUGUUCAUGGCAUUAGGAUAGAGUUUUUCAAUGAAAAAGGAUCAAAGCGUACCGCCACCUACCUACCAGAGGUCGCAAAAGAGCAAGGAUGGGACCACAUUCAGACCAUAGAUUCCUUACUACGAAAGGGAGGCUACAAAGCUCCCAUCACAAAUGACUUCAGGAAGACCAUUAAGUUGACCAGGUACCGUAGCGAGAAGAUGACAAUGAGCUAUGCUGAGUACAUUGCCCACCGCCAGCACCAUCACUACCAGAACGGCACCGGGCACCCUCUACCCCCAUACAACCAUUAUUCCUGACAGCGAGCCGCAUGACCAAUCACUGGACCUCUCUGCGGACCUUUUCCCAGGAGAGCCCGCCCCCUCCUGGUCUAGUUAUCUCUACUACUGUACCAUUUUAUGAUGAUAGUUUCCGUUGCCAUGCUGACGCUCUCCCAGACGUUGACGUGGCAACGGGUGGCAAAAUGAGCAUCAAUUGAUAAUGACGAGAAAAAACAAAAAUCUUUUAUUUUUAUCCUCCUAUUGAUAUAGUUUUUGCAGCAUAUAUAUCAAUAUAACCCCUUUAGUUUUUAUUUUUGUUCACAAAUACUCAAUUUUCCUAAAUGUAUUAUUUUCAAACAAUCCUAAUCAGGCUUUUGAUUCUGUGGAUGGAAGCAAGUCAUAUAUAUGGUGAAUUCGUAAUGCAUAAAGGUAUAGGCUCAUAUUUUGUGUAGGCUUAGCUACAGUGUCCCAUCUAUUAGGGAAAUGUUUUUAUUUUUCUGUUGAAUCCUUUCUUAGUAGCCAGCUUGGCAUUAUGUGUGUCAUGUGGCAAGCCAACAGCCGUUCUGGAAGACUCAAUCUUUUCCUCAAUUUUGCGAUUCUUCUCAAGAAAUGGACUUAGGUUGGUUUGGCCUUUGUAACCCGUUGUAGUGCUGUAGAUUGUAGGGUUGUGAUGCCACGCCACUAGUAUUUGCUGGUCUUUUUUAUUACAUUACCCCACACGUGUUUGCUUUUCUGUGUGUGGUUAGAAGUUUGUUGUUAAGUUCACAUCCGACAGGAGAUUGAAAGCGCGAUAUUAAAUCAUGAAUAGGAUCAUGACAAAAUAUUUGACAGAGACGUUCAUUUCCACCCCUGAGUGUUCAUAGUGUUUUGUAAUGAAACCUGCAAAACUUGAAUUGAAUUUGUACGGCUCCAGCUCCGAUAUUUUCACCCGCUCUUCUUUCCAACUUGAGAAACGUAUGGAGGAAGCCAUUUUAGUUGCGUCAAAGGAGGUUGUCUCUGUCCCUUGUCUCUGUGAAGCAGGCCGCUAGUGAAAGGGAUCCACGGGGCUGGAGGUUGUGAUAGGGUUGGAGAGUUGACUGGAGGUUGUGAUAGGGUUGGAGAGUUGACUGGAGGUUGUGAUAGGGUUGGAGAGUUGACUGGAGGUUGUGAUAGGGUUGGAGAGUUGACUGGAGGUUGUGAUAGGGUUGGAGAGUUGACUGGAGGUUGUGAUAGGGUUGGAGAGUUGACUGGAGGUUGUGAUAGGUUGGAGAGUUGACUGGAGGUUGUGAUAGGGUUGGAGAGUUGACUGUAGGGCUGGAGGUUGUGAUAGGGUUGGAGAGUUGACUGUAGGGCUGGAGGUUGUGAUAGGGUUGGAGAGUUGACUGUAGAGCUGGAGGUUGUGAUAGGGUUGGAGAGUUGGCUGCAGAGCUGGAGGUUGUGAUAGGGUUGGAGAGUUGGCUGGAGGUUGUGAUAGGGUUGGAGAGUUGACUGCAGGGCUGGAGGUUGUGUUAGGGUUGUAGAGUUGGCUGGAGGUUGUGAUAGGGUUGGAGAGUUGACUGCAGAGCGCAUUGUCCUCUCAUUCAUUGUCCUCUGAGAAAAAUACCUUCAUCCUGUUAUUUCAUGCUAGUUGGUUUGAGAGGAAAAAACAAUGAGGGAGACUUGAGUCUUGUGACAGGGAUAUGCUAAAACUACUUAAAGCCAUAUCCUGUUUUUAAUGCAUGUGGUUGUUUUGUAGGCUUGAUGUUUGCCCCCCUCUUCUCUGUAACCUCUGUGUUUACUUCCUCUAUGAGUUUACUUUAUUCUAGUGGAUUUGGUCCCAAAGUUGGGUUUCCUCUCAAAGUUUGUGUUUUGGUCCUGGCUAGGAAUCUGGGCCUGUGAGACAUUAUCUGGACUUACUCAGUUAGUAUGGGUUAGCAUCAGGGGUGCAUUUAUUAGUCGGAGUCUGUUGCAAAAAGUUUUGCAAUGAAACCUGUUUACUGUUUGGUUCCUAGAGUAAACCGGCAAAAUGGAACAAAACAGAGAGGACUACCUGAAUUUGUACAAUAGAAACUAGUUUUCAUUGAUAUAAGUUUUACAUUUGCAACGGAAUCCGACUGAUGAAUACACUCCAGCGUUUGAACUCCUUUGUGCUGUUUGUUAAGAGUCCUCAUCACUUCCGCUGCUUUUAUACAAUUUUAACUGAAGCUUGUGGCCACAAUGACAAAUAAUGAAACUUGAUGUAGGCCUAAUCAAUGUUUUACAUCCACAUUUGACAUUACAUGCUUGAUGACUGACGGUUGCCAUAGUUGUGCACUUUCAUGUGCUCUCGUCAAAACGCUAUGAGAUCUUGUGGAGGCUUCUGGAGAUGGCAUCUAGCUAGUCAAAACGCUAUGAGAUCUUGUGGAGGCUUCUGGAGAUGGCAUCUAGCUAG